UCAACUAUAUGAGCGUGUAAACAUGGUACGGUACGUGGAGUACAUGGUGAACAUAAGCGUAAACAAGCGGUACAAACCAGUAUAAUCACGCAUAUAAUACAGCUAGAAAUUUACAAAAAGAUAUGUGUUUAAGCCUUUAUCUACUCAGAAAACUUGUUUUGUACCCAAAAAGCGAACAGUUUUUCAUUUCUCCGUGUUCUAAUGUCUACCACAAAUCCCAAGACUCGAAGUUUUCGAAAUGUUAACGGGGAUAAAGUUACUUUGGAAGUAAAAAAUGAGAGAGAAAAUCAAGUCAUGACUUUCGUCUUUCGACAUAACGACUCAAUGAAAAUCGGUUCUGAAGCCAUGAAAUGUUGCUUAUUUCUUGCUGCGUUCUUUAUUGUGAAUAAUUGGAUAUUCACCCUGAUUUUUGGAGCAGUUUUGCUCUCAAAAUGCAUCAGUUUUGCUACUUCGGUCACGACAGAUACUUUAUUAGUAAUGGAAUCUGUAGGAGUACAAAUCGUUAGUAAGCGCCGCUUGUUUGGUCUUGAUACUACAGAAUUUCUUCCCUGGAAUACCAUACAAAAUAUAUUUAUAAAUGAAGUGAUAAUAGAGAGAAGGGUUCUGAACUAUUUAACCUUUAUCGUGGAGGACACUCAUCAGGAAAAAGAAGCAAUCCGACUUGUGCCCCUUUUUCGAGAAAUUAAACCAGAGAGAAAGUGCCUGGAAUUAAUUUUUAAUCAUCUGGCCGUCUUCAUCAAACCAGACAAAAAAAGUUGACGCAAGAGUUGAUCCGUUACACAGGUAUUUUACAAGGUUGGUGAAUAUUACUUUUCCAUGAUUACUAUAUGUGAAAGGUACGCCAUAGUGGUAUUUUUAAAUGGAAUAUUUUCGUGAAAGUAAUUUUGUAUGAUCUUCUAUAUUUUAUUGUUUAAGCUAAUUACUAAUUAGUUUUAAGAUUAUUUUUUAAUUAUUCCAAAUUUUAAAGUUCUUUUUCUGAAAAUGUUCUGUUAGAAUUAAAAUUACUGCACUCUGUGUAGCGCUUCUUUACUUCAUGGAAUAGGAAAUCUGUAUGUUUUGGGAAAGUGUUACACCUUGAUGAGGCAAACGUUUCCAUUGCGAUUACUUAAAUUACGUGGCUCCCUUGUUUUUAAUUUUAAUUGGGGAACUAGUAAACACAGAUGAGGAAUGUACUACGAAAAUUUGAGAUAAUCGAAAUGGUUGAAAAUGACCGAAAUUCAGGUAAAACUCAAUAAUUACUUCAUUAAAUUAAAGAAAUGUCUACAACUCUGGGUAUCCAGCGUAAAGGAAAAUCAGGAAUUGUACGGGAAAUUGAUUGGUGCGGGCAAUUUAUUGGCUUUUAUUUUUGAAGUUGGAAUUAUUUUGAUGUUUCAUACACCGAGCAGUAUGGCUUGUCUAAUGUAGCGUCACUGCGGGAAACCUCAAACGUUAAUAACAAAUAAUAAUAUAUCCCACGCGGAAUCAAAACCGCAAACCACAAGCAACUGUUCCAUUAUUGAGGCAUUUUAAAAGGAAAAUUAUUAACGCUAGGUAGACUUUAUUUUCACUAUAUUUAGAGUGAUUAUUUUUUCUGAAAAUUCACAUGUAUGGGAAGAAGCAGAAAGAGAAAAUACUAAUGGGUUCUAGGCUUGGAAACGGAUUUGAACAUUUUCAUUAAAGCCCCACAUUUAUUUAAACUUCGUAAAUAUGAAAUUCUGAUCUUGAUAUGUUUAUUUAACCAUCAAGGCACUAACAUGUCAUUUUAAAAUCGAAUCAUUUAAAUACAAGAGAAAACAACCAUUUCUCUAAAUAAAUAAAUUUAUCGCCAAAUCAAUUAUAAUCUCGAAAGAAUUUAAAGCGAGCAACAUCACUGCGGGAUACCAUGAUACCGGGCCAAUAAAAGAAAUGCAUAAAAAAUCUUUCCAAUUGUAUACAGUAAUGAGCACCGAAACUUUCCUGUCUGUGGCUCGGCAGUAUUCCCACGCGUACGUUUUUUGGCCCCGAGAGGGGCUGGAGUUUUAAUUGAGAAUCUCUGAUUUUCCGCGUUUCAGUUCUGGACCGUCUUGAGAACUGUCGUUUUGGACUCUGUGCUUCGCCGUUACGUAUUCCUCUAUGCUUUUGAAAUACUUAUUCAGGAUAAAGUUCUUCUCCUUCGCCGGAUACGCUAGCGAUCUCUUAGCCGUCAGUUUUUUCCUCCUCGUUAUGGUUAUCUUCGAUAACGCUUUCCGUGUCGCCGGAUUGUGUCCAUCCGGAAUAGGUUCGGCUGGAUAGAACAGGAUGCCUUCGUCUAUGUGCCGAGUGAUCGCUAACGUCCGAUCUAGUUUCGGGUCAAUUGGUAUGAGCGUUUUCCUGGCCGCUGAGAACUUAGCCCGUACACCCUGGCGGAUGCCACGAGCCUUUCGUGGAGUAAUCGAGCCUUCCGGUAGUUAAGGCAGUCGACCGGGCGGAGUCACGAGAGGCUCCUCUAUGCUGGGCACCUCCUGGUGGCCUUCGACGAUGGGACGUUCUUCCUGAUG